GGCGGCGGGCGGUGGGCGGUGGAGGCGCGGCCCACGCAGCGACGCCAUGGGCUGGCUGCCGGCGGUGCUGUUCACGGCUGAACUGUACCACUGUGUGGUGCACGUGCUGGUGCUGAUCGGCUGGCGCCUGCUGCCCCGCAAGGACCUGGUCCGCACCAGGGUAUACUUCCUGGUGGAUGCGUUCACCGUGGCGCUGAUCUCCUACUGGGUAGUCCCGCAUCUCUGGUGGCUGGGUGCCAUACAGAACGUGCAGCACUUCAGCUACUUCUUCUGCUGGGAGAAGACGUGGUUCGCCAAGCGCGUGGUGUCAUGGAGCAGCCUGGACUGGGACAGAAGUCGCUGGCAGCCUGAUCUAUUGCUCGGUACCCUGUUUGACGUCAGCGUCCACGCGGUCAACGCGUGCUACCUGGGCAUUCAGCUCUCUGGUCAGGGAGUGCUGGCGGCUUGCCUCAUCAGCGCCCUCCUCGUUUAUGUCGUGCUCUACAACCCCCGCCUGGCCUGGAACAGUAAGGACUCGAUGCCGGAGUGGGUGCGGCGCCGCCUCCGGCCCGUGUCGCGCGAGCAGGCCGGCGAGGACCACCGUCUGGUGGCCGCCAUGGGCUGGGCCAAGUGAGGCUUCGCCGCCAAACCUCGACCGGGCCGCCGCCAAACCAAACUGCAAUGCAAUCGACGCCAAGACCGCACAAUGCAAUAUGUGACCUGCCCGACACGCGAGCCGCGCGUCCGACCAGGGCCGGCCAUCUGCUGGUCGACUCGCUCCAGGGGCGGGCUAGCGUUAGUAUUUGGUGGGCCUAUUUCAGUGCGAGCCACUGUCGGAGCGCUGUAACGCUUCAUUCAUCACCGGGUUUCGAACCGGUUUCAUGGCACUUCAGUGAUCGUUCCCCUCCCCUUCUUGGAUGGUCAUGAUCUCGCACCCCCCCCCCCCCCCCCCCACCUCAGCCUGGACACGGCUAUGGCCGCGGUCGUGUCGACGCUAAUCUAUGUCAUUUCCCGUGCGGAAUCGCUCCUGUCCUGUCAUGGCUGGCGCCGCGGCCUGAAAGCGGUCAGACGUCACAGCUGACGUCAUGGACCCGGGAAUAUCACACCAGCGUCAUUACACUGCUGACCGCGAAGCUUCACCUGCGGCCUGUGAGCAUGCUUGUGUGCGAAGAAACAUGCCUAAGCUCACACGCGCUGGUCUAGAAUCCUAACCACUAUAACCGUUUGUCUAUGUCGUUUAUGGUAUUAAGUGGGCUUUGCGCAUGCUGCACGUCUCGCUGCGGGCGGUGACGUCGGGGCUAAUGAUACUAUGACAUUAUUUCACAGGUGUGGGACACAUACAGCUAUGCCUGUUAUGACGCUAACAAGGUCAAUAAAACGUUUUAUCUGUA